GUAAACUGGACGCUUUCAUAAAACUACUCAAUAGUACUUAUGUAGCUCUUAGUAGAAAAUAAGAAACCAAACAAUGCAUACGGAAGUACGACAAGUAAGCACUUGCACACGGUUAAAAAAAAUUCAUGAAGCUGAUCAACUGGACGUUUUUAUUAUACUAACUAUGUGUUGUUGACUUGUUGCUAAGCUACAUAAUUAUCUAUUAAAGCCGCAUGUUCUAAGCAUAAUUUGUAGUGACUAAAAUGAUAAUUAUUUUGAACCUGGCCUUAUCGUAAUUUCUUAUGGAGGUACAUACAUAAUACGGGCGGACAUCAUAAGUCAGUUUUUCUGUAUUUACGGAAAACACAGCUGCUUACGAGCGCAGUUUUGUCAGGUUUGCAGUUUCUUCCCUGCUUCAUCAGGCUUUUAUUGUCGAUUGAAGGGUAUAUGGCUUUUUUAAUAAGUUGCAAGUUGUAAGGCAGUUAUAAUUUGUACUGUUGUACAGUAUUUUACUGUGCUCUGAAGGAGUACUGUUUCGUCAACGCUGCAGAAGGAAUGGUAGCAAACCCCAAGCAGCACCGCCGUUAUUAUGGCUGCAGCCGAAAGCAAGCUAUUCUUGUAAGAUACUCGGAGAAGUGGGCCGGCGCGCAACUGAUGUGAUGUGAUGCGGGGAUGUCGAAGACGAGUGCGGGGCACUGCGGGCGAGAGAUGCUGCAGCUAGCCCAUUACGCUCUAGUUUAAAACUGAGAAAGCAGACGCGGCGGGAAAGAGAGGUGCAUGUCGAUACAUGCGUUGCAUCUGCUGCCGUAUAUAUAAAUAUCCAGCCUUCUUCCGAGGCAUCCCCAUAACUACUUAUAAAUAGCUCAGUUCAAGAGACCGGCUGCGAUAUUAUGUAGUACUGUACGCGCGUAUCUUAUAAUGAUAACUGUACAACAGUCAUGAAAAUUUGAUUCCAGCCUAUGGCAGCGCAACUGGACACCGCCGACGUGCUGUACAGUGUACUGUACGCGGCCGUUACAGUUGCAGUCGGCCGCAAUGCAUCAUCACUGGCUGUUUGUUCAACCGCUCUGCUCUGUCUUGGAAGAGUUGGCGCUGUGCAAAGUCAAACAGAGAAGCGAGGCUAAUCGCAGCCAGGCACAUCUUUUACUCGGUCACGAGCGCUGGCUGUCGGAUCGGCAAGGAGCAGUUUAACUGUUGAAUCUUCAAUAAGGCAACUGUUGCUAGUCCGUUACUGGGAAACAGUCUUGUUUGGGAGGUGGAAUAUACAUACAUAAUAUAUUAUACGCUGAUUUCGUUUAACGCUUAAAAUGGUGUGGCCGACGGUGGUGUUGGCCGUGUGCCUGGUGGGCGGCAGUUACGUGGCCGUCCACGCCCUGCAGUGUCCCAAGUGCGAGGAGGCCCAGUGCGCGCCGCUGGUGGGGAAGCAGUGUUUGGCGGGCGUGGUCAAGGACAGCUGCGGCUGCUGCGACGUGUGCGGCAAUCUCGAGGGGGACCGCUGUGACCGCGCCGGCGACAACGGGCCGACGCAGUACGGACCGUGCGGCGAGAAUCUGCAGUGCCGGCACCGGGUGGAUCUCCCUGAACAGGACGCGGUGUGCAUCUGCAAGGAGCAGAAGAUGAUCUGCGGCAGCAACGGCGAGACGUACGAGAACCUCUGCCAACUGCUGGAGGACGCCCACGAGAGCGAGCAGCGCAUCAUGGUCGACCGCGAAGGACCCUGCAAAGGAGAUCCGUGGAUCGCCAGCGCCCCCGACGACGCGCACAUCUACGAGGGCGACAACACGUCGCUGGCCUGCGAGGCCAUGGGCAACCCCGUGCCCACCAUCAUGUGGACCUUCGUCAACAAGGACCACGUGGAGAAAUCCCUGCCCAGCGACGACGAGCACUUCUCGGUGCAGUUGCGUGGCGGGCCGGAGAAGUUCGAGGUGACCAGCUGGCUGCUGAUCCAGUCGGCCAAGCGCACGGACGAAGGCAACUACCGCUGCAUCGCCAAGAACGACCUGGGCCAGAAGGACAUCCACGCCGCCGUCAAGAUCUACCGCAAGGGCCAACAGAUCCCCGCCGAGGGCCAGAUCCCGCCCCCCAAGGACUCCCGCCUCCACCCCAACCUCAUGGGCACCACGCGUGCCCGCCGCGAACGCCGCUGGCAGUCUAACGCCCGCCACGGCGAACUCUGAGGAGCACCUUGCAAAGAGACGCCACUAAAAUGAUCGCGGAAAGACACCAAAAUAGAAUUUAGCAUGGAUUUUCUGACAUUUUUCAUUGCUCGUUAUUGCCGUCUGUCCGUCAGUGUCAGGUGAUAUUGUUGCUUAACUCGCCGGUGAAACGUUGCUGCGGCAGGAACGCCUGCGCUGUCCACAGCUGCUGACCUUUGGCCAUCUUGCCAACUGCCAAUCACUGCCUUUUGUAGACUUAUUCUCUUUUCGUAUACUCUGCAUUUUUGUUGCGCGGCUUCUUAUAAAUGUAAACUGAUG